GACGCGGGUUUGUGGCCCACCUGCCACGGUCGACGUGGAGAGCGCGUGGUAAAAUAUCAUCGACCUGGUGUACCGCUUAGAUGGUACACCAGGUGUACGGCAUAAUUUCUCCACGAUGACGCGAGACAUUUUCCACAGCUCUGUUAUCAGACCACAUAAAAUUUUCUUGGAGGGAAAAAGAGCUCUUCUCCUCUACCCUUAUCACCAACGGAAAAAAAAAAAACUUGGAGGGAAACAGAGCUCUUCUCCUCUAUCCUUAUCACUAACAGGAAAAAAAAAAAUUUCUAGUCCCAGCAGGAAAGCAUUGUAGCCAUGAACUGCAGCUACUUAUCCAAACAUAGUUCUAGUGGUGCACAUGAGCGCUCAUAUGCCUCCAUAGAUUCAUUCCACUCCCCUUCUCCCUUCAGUAGCCCAUCAUCUCCACUUCCUUCCCUAAAGCUAUGACUGACACCGUCGACAAGCUCGUCGUCUUCCUUGCCAAGAGAGAUGGCAUCGACAAGCUUGUCAAGACCUUCCAGUAUGUCUCCAAGCUCGUCCACUGGCAUGUCGAAGCCACUCACCAAGACAUAGCUAAAAGAGCCAAGAACUGGGAGGUGGCCUCUGGCCUCAGCCGCAAAGCCUUUCGAACCGGUCGCUUCCUCACCGGCUUCAAUGCCCUCCGCCGGAACCCGGGCUCCACCCCUCUCUUCCGCUUCCUCGCCGUGUUUGCCAAUGCUGGUGAGAUGGUGUACUUCUUCUUCGACCACUUUCUUUGGCUGUCAAGGAUAGGUGUCAUAGAUGCUAAUCUAGCUCGAAGGAUGAGCUACAUCUCAGCUUUCGGAGAAGCUCUUGGCUACGUUUUCUUCAUCAUAAUGGACUUUCUUAUGAUUAAAAAGGGAUUGGUGGAGCAGAGGAAACUUGAAGCUGCGGAGAACAAGGAACAAGUGAGGAAGAUCAGAGAUGACAGGGUGAUGAGGUUGAUGGCAGUGGCAGCAAACAUAGCAGACUUGGUGAUAGCUCUGGCAGAUAUAGAGCCCAAUCCUUUCUGCAACCAUGCGGUCACACUGGGGAUCAGCGGGCUGGUCUCGGCUUGGGCUGGUUGGUACAGGAACUGGCCGUCGUGAAAAGGAAUCUGGUGAUCAUUGAAACUACGUCAGAAUUGCUAGAUUGAAGACAAGGAGAAGCAACAGGAAAGUCCAAAGAACAAAGAGCGCAUGAAUCAUUGUGUGAUGCUGUAUGGGUUUGUUACUGAGAUGAUGCAUGACACAUGCUAGCAAAAAGUAAUAUGCAAUGAAAAGUUGAGCAGAUGUACCAACACUGGAACAUCAUAUUUCAUUAAAGGGUUCUUGAAUCUCUGUCAGCAUGCAUGUACACAUAAUGGCUCUCAUCUGCUAAGAUUUGAGAAGUGCUACCGUUUAGUGUAUUUGAGAUGAUGCUGUUAGGUCCUCUUAAAAUUGUCUUCAAAGUCCAACCAGCAACACCUAAUGUAAUCAAUGUGCAAUUUUUGCAAAAGUGGGUUUCCAAGGUGGAGCUUUCUGCA